AUGUCGAAGGCACGGAAGUUCGUCAUCACAAGACUCUUCAAAGGAGAUCCGAGAGUCAGCGACUUCAAGCUCGACAGCGAAGACAUCCCGGCCCUGCAGGAUGGCCAGAUACUGUGCGAAGCGGAAUACAUCAGCGUCGACCCCUACCAGAGGGCUUACACCGAGGGCCACGGAGUUGGACGCACCAUGAUUGGAUCACAGCGGUGGAGCUUCAAACCUGGUGCCGCUCUGGGCCCCAUGUGGCCCGUUUUCAAUUCUCUUUUAAUAUCGAACGCACACUGGUACAGCUACACCUGUCAUUCAAGCAACAUCAGCCCCAGAGUACACAGUUGCGUCGGAUCUCAAAAUUUAUGCAUCGUCCGAACAAGCAAAGAGCUUACAUCGCACUUUCGUGCUUGGGGCUGGCGUGACCGCACCGUGGUCGACGUGGCGAACGCAGACAAAGACUUCCUGCCGCCGAUGCUGGUGCCGGACCUCGGCGGUCUGCCGCUGUCGCUGUCGCUGGGGGUGCUGGGAAUGCCGGGAGCCACCGCCUACUUCGGACUGCUCCACAUCUGCGACCCCAAACCGGGGGAGGUGGUGGUCGUCAGCGGCGCGGCGGGUGCCGUGGGCUCCAUAGCGGGACAGAUAGCACGCAUCAAGGGCUGCAGGGUCAUCGGCAUAGCAGGGUCUGACGUUAAAGUUAAGUGGGUGAAGAACGAGCUAGGGUUCGACCAAGCCUUCAACUACAACACUGUGAACUUGGACAAGGCGCUGAAGGAGGCUGCCCCAGAUGGUGUCGACGUCUACUUCAACAACGUGGGAGGGGAGCAAAGCAGUGCGGUAAUCGCCAACAUGAGGCACCGCGGCCGCAUCGCUGCCUGCGGCUGCAUCUCCGUCUACAAUGGGAGCCAGGUAGCCGUGGCGCCUGUCAUACAGAUGCACGUCGUGUCCAGGGAGCUCAGGAUGGAGGGCUUCGUGGUGGCCCGCUGGUCCGGCCGCUGGGACGAGGCGUUCAGAGAGCUGGGCCCGUGGAUCAGGGAGGGCAGGCUCAAGUACAGGGAGACCGUCACCGAUGGCUUCGUCAACACGCCGCAGGCCUUCAUCGGCAUGCUCAGGGGCGAGAACCUGGGCAAAGCCGUCGUCAAAGUUUAA